CUCUCUUUUUCUUAUCCAUAACUCAAAUUCUUCUAACAGGAAAUUGAAAUCAUGUCUCAGAUGAUUAAUGAUUCAACAACCAUAAAACUUUUUGGUACAACCAUCUUUCUGCCACACAACAUCUAUGUCUCUUCCAAUGAUUCUUCCUCAAAAUUUGCUCAUGAAGUUUUCUCUGAUCAUAGUCUCCUUUCAUCUUCUACACUUGAUGAAGUCUCACAACAAACCAUAGAGGAUUUAAACACUCCCUCAGCUGAAACAGAAGCUUCACAACAGAAUUCCACAAAACUUGAUGAACAAAGUGAUGUGUCACAAGACAAAACUCCAAAGAAACCAGACAUAAUUGUUCCAUGUCCAAGAUGCAAAAGCAUGGACACAAAGUUUUGCUACUACAACAACUACAACGUCAAACAACCCCGACACUUCUGCAAAAACUGCCAGAGAUACUGGACUUCCGGUGGAACCGCGAGAAAGAUGCUUGUAGGAGCAGGUCGCCGUAAGAACAAAGCCACUUGUAAUUAUCCUCAAAUGAGUACUGUCUUGACCUUUGGAUCAAAUUCUUCUAAUAUAACAUACUAUGGUGGUUUUUUGCAACCAUUAUGGAAUGUACAAUCUAUCCCAACACAAUCUGGUGGCCCAAGCAAAUCUACAUUAGGGAAACAUUCAAGAGAUGAAGACAUGAUCAAUCAUUCCAACUCAGAUAAAGCAAAGCCUGGAUUCCAAAGCAACAACAAAAGAAGUAAUGAUAGUAAUGAAGUGUUGAUUCCUAAGUUACUGAGAUUUGAUGACCCUAAUGAUGUUGCAAGGAGUUCUAUAUGGUCAACAGUAGGAAUCAAGAAUGGGAGAGGAAUUUUUAAGGGAUUUGGAUCUAACUUUGAUGACAAGAAGAACCAUAUAGUUGAAGCAUCUUCAUCAGUAUUGAAAGCUAACCCAGCAGCUUUAUCAAGGUCUAUUGUGUUACAUGAGAGAAUUUAAUUGAGUAUAUAUAACAUUAGAUGACUCUGUUAGAUAAAUAUCUUUGAUGUACAUAUAUCAUGUAUGAGGGCAUAAAUAACGAGACUAAUAUAA